AUGCGAGCUGGCGUCUUGCUGCUGAUCGCCGCUACAGCUUCGGCGGUGGUCGACACAGACUCGAACUCGAACUCGACGUCGCCGACGACAAUGCUGUUAAAAGCACCAGACUGCGCACGAGCCUGCGAGAUCCCCGAUCAAAUUGCCACGGUACAUAUCACACAAAAGCUCUGCCGCGGUUACCCGAAGCAAGAACAUCGACGAUAUUCCAAAGUUCUCUCCAUCGGAUUACCAAGCUUCACCGCUGCAACAGUGUUCCUACGAUGCGUGGCCAGGAAGCAGGUCGCAAAGAGGUUAUGGUGGGACGAUGGCACCGCGUCGAUAGCUUUGGGAUUCCUCAUCGUCGCGUCUGGUCUUGGUUUGGCUAGUUCCAGUUUGGGCUAUGGGUCUCACUACUGGGACAUUGACCCGAAUAAUGGGAAGGCGAUUCUCAAGAUCUUUUACGCCCAACAGAUGCUCUAUAUCUUGGUUCAGGCUUUCGCUAAAGCAUCCAUCGCUUUCUUUUAUUCCCCCAUUGUCUACGCAGGAGCCGCUUGCAGCAUCUUGGAAGAUCUUUUCCUCAUCGUACUGCCUAUACCGGAGCUCUUGAAACUACAACUUAGCUCAAAGAAGAGGAUUGCUUUGGUUUUCAUGUUUGCUUUAGGCUCGUUCGCAUGCAUUGCCAGCAUGGUCCGCCUCCAAUACCUGGUGUCCUUUGCUGACUCCUUCGAUUCAACCUACGAGAACGUAAUGACGGUUAUUUGGUCUGCUGUGGAACUCAGCAGCACGCCUAGCAAGACAGAGCUGCACGAGUAG